AUGUCAAAUGCAUCAAGAAUCCCACGGACUGGAAUACGUACACAAACCAACCCCCAUGGACUUAGGCAGAUAGAGCUUGAUCAAAUCUGGGAUGAUCUCAAAGCAGGAGUCAAAAGUGUUUACAACCGACAAAGCAUGUCCAGACAGAGAUACAUGGAACUCUAUACCCAUGUUUACAACUACUGCACCAGUGUCCACAGUGCCGGAAAUCAGAAUCAGCAGGCCACAUCAUCGUCUGCUGCCUCCGGCAGUCGUAAUCCAGCUUCUCGCAAUAGGAACCGACCUCAAGGAGGUGGGGCCCAAUUUGUUGGUCAUGAACUGUACAAGAGAAUCAAAGAUUUGCUCAAACAACAUUUGGUUAACCUCUUGAAGGAUGGUCAGGAUUUACUGGAUGAGCAAGUGUUAACCUUUUACACCCAGAAGUGGGAAGACUAUCAGUUUUCCAGUAAAGUAUUAGACGGUAUCUGCGCCUACUUGAACCGGCAUUGGGUCCGCAGGGAGUGUGAUGAAGGCACUCGGGGGAUCUACUUUAUAUAUUCUCUGGCUUUGAUAACCUGGAGAGACAACCUUUUUCGGCCCUUAAACAAGCAGGUUACCAAUGCUGUUCUCAAGUUGAUAGAAAAGGAGAGAAAUGGGGAAACUAUCAACACCAGACUUGUCAGUGGAGUGAUCAGUUGUUAUGUUGAGCUUGGUUUGAACGAAGAUGACCCAAGUGCCAAAGGUCCCACCUUGUCAGUGUACAAAGAACACUUUGAGAACCUGUUCUUGGACGACACAGAGAGGUUCUACACCACAGAGAGCAACGAGUUCCUGCGACACAAUCCGGUGACAGAAUACAUGAAGAAGGCUGAACAGCGUCUCAUAGAGGAGCAGAAGCGGGUGCAGACAUACCUGCAUGAAAGCACAUUUGAUGUGUUGGCACGAGUUUGUGAGAAAGUGCUGAUUCAAAAACACCUGGAGAACUUUCACUGUGAAUUCCAGAAUCUUCUAAACACUGACAAGGAUGAAGAUCUGGGACGUAUGUAUCAGUUGGUAUCUCGUAUACAAGAUGGUCUACAUGAAUUGAGGUCCCUGUUAGAGAAACAUAUUCUGAACCAAGGUCUUUCUGCGCUGGAGAAAUGCGGGGAGGCUGCACUUAAUGAUCCAAAAGUAUAUGUACAGACUACGUUGAGUGUCCAUAAAAAAUACCAUGCCCUUGUGAUGACAGCAUUUGCCAACGAUGCAGGUUUUGUGGCGGCACUGGACAAGGCAUGCGGGCAGUUCAUCAACUCCAAUGCUGUGACAAGGCAGGCCAACUCCUCUAGCAAAUCUCCAGAACUUUUGGCACGAUACUGUGACCUGCUUCUGAAAAAAAGUUCGAAAAAUCCAGAGGAAGCAGAGCUUGAGGAUACUUUAAACCAAGUGAUGGUAGUAUUCAAGUACAUUGAGGAUAAGGAUGUGUUCCAGAAGUUUUACAGUAAAAUGUUGGCCAAGCGCCUGGUGGGUCACAUGUCAGCCUCGGAUGAUGCAGAAGCCAGCAUGAUCUCCAAAUUAAAGCAAGCCUGUGGUUUUGAAUAUACAUCUAAACUUCAGAGAAUGUUCCAGGACAUUGGUGUUAGCAAAGAUCUCAAUGAAAAUUUCCGCAAACACCUGGAAACUUCCAAAGAUCCCCUAGACAUUGAUUUCAGCAUUCAGGUUCUCAGCUCAGGGUCAUGGCCUUUCCAGCAGUCGUGUACAUUUACAUUACCAGUUGAGUUGGAAAGGAGCUACCAGAGGUUCACAUCUUUCUAUGGCAGUCGUCACAGCGGUCGCAAGUUGAACUGGCUGUAUCAGAUGUCUAAAGGAGAGGUUGUCACCAACUGCUUUAAGAACAGAUACACACUUCAGGCAUCCACGUUUCAGAUGGCUGUACUUCUUCAGUACAACUCGGCAGAAACAUACACAGUACAACAGCUCCAGGAGAGCACCCUCAUCAAAAUG